CUAUCAUGCUUGGCAAAGUUAUCAUAAUCCUGGUUACCUUCUUGCUUCAAGGUGCAUUAUCAGGAAACGCAGUAACCUUUCAAACACCAGAUGUUCUCACAAUCUCUUACAUCAAGAAUGAUCCGAAUUUUUAUAAGUAUUGUAAACAACAGUUAAAAAAUUUGGUAGGAAUACGUGAUGAAGGGAUAUCAAAUGUUUCUUGUCAAGCAUUAGGCUACUCGGCAAAUGAUGAUCCACCCCGUUCUUUCUCAAAUACGAAGGACAACGGUGGAGACUUUGAUAAAUGGGCCAGAAGUAAAGAGUAUAGGGGAUAUAUCCAUAUUCCAAGUUAUAUCAGUUCUGACCCUAAGGAUCCUGAUUAUAGUGAUCAACAUAACCCAACACAAAAUCCUGAGAAAGUUGUAAAUACCGAACGUAAUCCCUAUGGAUAUACGAAAGAAUAUGCGCCGUACAUUUAUCUAGAUUAUUCAUCAGCUGAUAUAUAUACUAAUGACUCAACAUUCAAUGGAAUUCGAUGGUCUAAAAUCAAAGAUAAUACUUGUUUAAGCAUCUUCGAUGCUAGAGCUAGUCGGUUAUCCACAACAGCACGAUAUACGCAAUAUUUUUUGUUGAAAUAUGAUGCACCAUUUAUUUACGCUAAAGUAUAUAUGACAGUUUGUUGUAAUCGUCAGGUUUCUGUAACAGUCCAUCGUACUGUUUUCCCUCAAACUUCCCUUUACAUUAAUGGCAAAAAGGUUAGUGAACAAGCACAGACUGAACUUGGCAAGUUUAUUCUUUCCGGAGGUAAACCGGCUAAGGACUUCAAAAUUGCCGAAGAUGGAAAUUGGAUAAUUAAGAAUAUAAAAACGUUACUUAAAAAUUUUCAAAAAGAUUUGGGUUUAUUGUUAUCAGCAGAUGGACAUGGUAACUUGGCUCCUUAUGGACAGGACUUGACCUGGAAUGGAAAAAUCUAA